UGAAAACCAGAAGUCUUUUUGGUACAUCACAGUUACUUUUUGACAUCUUUUUGUAAAUAAAGUCUUCAUAUACUGUUUUGCAGGGAUUAUAAUAAGAAGACUGACAAUGAAGGAUUCCCACAUCUGAAGAUGGUCUUGGUUGGAAGAUGUGGAAUUGGAAAGAGCACCUUAUUUAACAGUGUGGUUGUGAAAGAAGGGUUCAUGACUGAUCCUGCCAAACAAUCAGCCACUGAACACUGUGAAAUAUUUCAUGGGGUGAGAGGUGGUCGGCACAUCACUGUCAUCGAUACUCCAGGUUUCUUCAGUUCUCACCUUUCCAAUGAGCAAGUCUCAGAUAAAAUUCAAACAGAUGUUAAAAUGGCCCCUCCAGGCCCUUUUUUGUUUCUUUUGAUGGUGGAGGUGGACAAUUUCACACAGGAAGACUCAGAAACAGCUAACAUAAUUGAAAAAAUGUUGGAUGGAAACAAAGGAAAUAUGAUGGUGGUUUUCACCCAGGGAUGUCGUCUCAAGAGUACAAUUGAAGAAUACGUUCAGGGUUCUGAUGAAAACCUCCAGAAGCUUUUGAAAAAGUGUGAGCAGAGGUGUCUCGUUCUCAACAACACGGCAAUGAAUUUACAACAUUUAAAAGAGUUAUGCAAAAUAAACGACCAGCUCGUUCAAAAGGAUAGAUUUUGGAAAGAUGGGGAUGUGGAAGAGAUUGAGAGAGUUUCUAAGCGAAAAUCAAGUUUAGAUAUUGUUCCUCCAGCAAAUGAUUGUGAUCCAGCAUGUCAAAAGCGAAGAAACAGCUUAGAUAACCCCCCUAACUGUUGUGGAAAGCUGGAGGCUGCCUUGGCAGUACUGGGUGCAAAAAUGGAUUUCAAGUUUUUUCCAAAGGACUCCUUUAACUGUCCAGUGUGUUCGCACAUAUUGAGGGAUCCUGUUUCAAUUCCAUGUGGACAUAGUUUUUGUAACGGGUGCCUUAAAUCAUUCUGGGAUAAAAAUGAGAAGAAGGAAGACUACAAAUGUCCUGUCUGCACUUAUAUUUUCAACCCCAGGCCUCAUCCUUACAGAAACAUCUUAGUUGCUGAUCUAGUUGAGAACCUGAAGAGUGCGAUGAGCAGUCCUACUGGAGAUCGAUCUGCUAAACCUGGAGACGUUGCCUGCGAUGUGUGUAUGGAGAAGAUCCAAAGAGCCGUUCUGUCUUGCAUGACCUGCAUGGCCUCAUACUGUGAGAGUCACGUCCAGCCUCACAGACACUCUGAAGCUCUAAAGAGACACAAACUUGUGGGGCCGGUUGAAGAUCUGCAGCAGAGGAUCUGCUCCAGCCACCAGAAACCUCUGGAGUUCUUCUGUAAGAGAGACUGUAUGUUUACCUGCUCUCUUUGUGUUGUGACCAAACACAGCGGACAUGAACAGGAACUGGCUGAGGAGCAGAAAAUGACCACUCAACAAGUCUUGAGAAAUUCACCAGAAAAGCAAACAGACUACGACAGAGAAAAAGAACUGCGAAUUGUGCUCCUUGGAAGAAGUGGAACUGGAAAAAGUGCAGUUGGAAAUCGCAUCUUGGGAAGACAAAUGUUCAGAGCUGAAUACAACAGUGAAUCGGUUACUGUAAAGUGUGAAAAGAGAAGCGCAGAGAUCGAUGGAUGGCGCGUUAUUGUGGUUGACACACCAGGCUUCUUUAACCCGCGUCUCACUAAUGAGAAGGUUUCACAAGAAGUCCAAAGAUGCAUUGAAAUGUCUUCACCGGGCCCUCAUGUGUUUCUUGUGGUUGUCAAGAUUCCUCAUUUUACUGAGAAAGACAGAGAAAUAGUGAAUAUAGUUAAAAGACUAUUUGGUGAGAACAUAACGAGUCGCAUUCUGAUCAUUUUCAGUCAUGGAGAUCGCUUGAAGGAUACCAUCGAAGAAUUCAUUAAGGGUAAUGAGGGCCUAGAAACUCUUAUUAAGCAAUGUAAUGACAAGUAUCAUGUCUUCAACAACGUAGCAAUAGGUUACCCAGAGACACUGAACUUUUAUAGAAUAAUCAAUCAGAUAAUGCUGGAGAAUGGCGGUCGCUGCUACAAUGAAAUGAACAAAGAUGAGGAGGAAAAUGUUGAGGUGACUCAAAGUUCUUCUCAGAGGAAAAGCAGCAUAGAUACUCCGCCUGCAUGCUAUUUUGCUCUGCUUCUUGAAAAAAGCAUGAAUGAGUUACUUUUAGGAAAAUCUUUUCUGCAAAAAAAAAUGGAUACCGAGUCCUUUCUAAAGGAUUCCUUUAAAUGUUCAGUGUGUUUGGUGUUAUUGAAGGACCCUGUUUCAAUCCCUUGCGGACACAGUUAUUGUAAUGAAUGCCUUAAAUGUUACUGGGAUAAAAAUGACAAGAACAAAGACUACUCAUGUCCUGUCUGCAGAAAUGUUUUCAACCCCAGGCCUCACCCUUACAGAAACCUCUUAGUUGCUGACCUAGUUGAGAACUCGAAGAGAGCGAUGAGCUAUCAUACUGAAGACAGGACUGCUAAACCUGGAGACGUUGCCUGUGAUGUGUGUAUGGAGAAGAUCCAAAGAGCCGUCGAGUCGUGCCUGACAUGCAUGGCCUCCUUCUGCGAGAGUCACGUCCAGCCUCACAGACACUCUGAAGCUCUAAAGAGACACAAACUUGUAAAACCGAUUAAAGAUCUGCAGCAGAGAAUCUGCUCAAGCCACCAGAAACCUCUGGAGUUCUUUUGCAAAGAAGACAAUAUGUUUACCUGCUCUCUUUGUGUCGUUACCAAACACAGCGGACAUGAACAGGAGCUGGCAGGGGAUCAAGAGAUGACUUCUCAGAAAGUUUUACAAAAAUCACCAGUAGAAGACACAAAUACAGCUCAAGGGAGAGAAAAAGAGUUGCGAAUUGUGCUGCUUGGAAGAAGUGGAACUGGAAAAAGUGCAGUUGGAAAUCGAAUCUUGGGAAGAGACGUGUUCAGAGCAGAGUACAACAGUGAAUCGGUUACCGUAAAGUGUGAAAAGAGAAGCGCAGAGAUCGAUAAAUGGCGUGUUAUUGUGGUUGACACACCAGGCUUCUUUAACCCACGUUUCUCUAAUGAGAAGGUUUCACAAGAAGUCCAAAGAUGCAUUGAAAUGUCUCCACCAGGCCCUCAUGUAUUUCUUGUGGUUGUCAAGAUUCCUCAUUUUACUGAAAAAGACAGAGAAAUAUUGAACAUAGUUCAAAAUAUAUUUGGUGAGAAUAUAACAAAUCGCAUUCUGAUCAUUUUCAGUCAUGGAGAUCGUUUGAAAAUCACCAUCGAAGAAUUCAUUAAUAGUAAGGAAGGCCUAGAAACUCUUAUUAAGCAAUGUAAUGACAAAUAUCAUGUCUUCAACAAUAAAACAAUAGGCUACCCAGAGACACUGAACUUUUAUAGAAUAAUUGAUCAGAUAAUGUUGGAGAAUGGCGGUCGCUGCUACAAUGAAAUGAAUGAAGACGAGGAGGAAUAUGUCCACAUGCCCGAAAUACCUCAAAGGAGAAGAAGCAGCAUAGAUUCACCACCAGCAUUGUCUGUUUCACAAGCUUUUAGCUCCUUUUGAUGGCUCCUCUGAAUUGUUUCUCCUUUGGGACAACUGAAGAAGAUCCUGAGACAACAUACUUAUGAUACUUACUUGACUUGACUUGCUCACCUAUCUGACGACUAGCACAUCAUUUUCAUAUGCGUGUAUAUAAUGUGUUAGGUACUUUGCUCAGAAGAGUGAAGAAAGGUGUGCUUAUUAAUCAAAAGUGUCAAAAAUGUGUAACUUUAAUUGCAAAAGGAAAGGCAGCUAAGAACUGCACAGGAAUGGAAGAUAAUGUUAGUCAGUCAGUCAUUGUCCAACCUGCUAUAUCCUAACUACAGGGUCACGGGGGUCAGCUGGA